ACAGGGCUCGUGUGCGAAGGAUGGCAACCCUUCGGCAAUCGGUUGCUAUGACGAGCGCGUUCCGUUAGCAGUGAUCCAGAGGGUAGUGAUGUUUAAAUAUGCAAUAGUUCUGGCGGCCUGAGCUAGUCUAUUUGCAACCGUGUAACUGUUCGGAAAAUCACGCGAUGCACCACUCGAUCCGUUUGAUUGGCAGAGUGAAAACUGUUCUUUAGGAUGAAUGCUGUGUCCGCAAUAUUAUUCCUAACUCUAGCAGGAUGCUGCUUAAUACAGGCGCAGGAAAGUAUUAUGUCCUUGAUCGAGUUCCUUCAGGAUGGUGGAAAAAGGUUGAACGAAGAGUUACCGAAUCGGAGAAAUAUCGAUGAAGAAUAUGAUUUUGUGAUCGUUGGAGCAGGAUCUGCCGGAUGUGCAUUAGCAGCGAGGUUGUCCGAAAUCAGUGAUUGGAGCAUUUUAUUGAUUGAAGCGGGUUCCAACGAGAACUUGCUUAUGGAUAUCCCAAUGUUCGUGCACUACCUGCAAAGUUACGAUGUGAAUUGGGACUAUAGAACAAAACCCAGUGAUGAGUAUUGUCUCGCGUUUAAAAACAACCAGUGUAGAUUCCCACGUGGAAAAGUUAUGGGCGGGUCUAGUGUUCUCAAUUACAUGAUAUACACGAGGGGAAAUCGACGAGACUUCGACGGUUGGGCAGAAGCCGGAAAUGAAGGAUGGAGCUACAAAGAUGUUUUACCGUACUUUCAAAAGUUAGAACACAGUGUAGUUCCGGAUGCGUACCCCGGCUACGCUGGAAAGGAUGGACCAUUAUCAGUUUCCUAUGUACCUUAUAAGUCGCCAAUAGCCAAAUUGUUCCUGGAAGCCACGAUAGAAUCUGGAGUUCCCUAUGUUGACUACAAUGGGCCUAGUCAAGUCGGUGUAUCGUUUAUUCAAAGCACAACCAGAAAUGGUUAUCGUGAUAGUACUAAUGUAGCUUAUUUAUAUCCACUGAAAAACAGAACCAAUCUGCAUGUUAAGAAAAGAAGUCAAGUUACCAAAGUUAUUAUAGAUAAAGAAACGAAUCAAGCAGUAGGAGUGAAAUUCUAUCACAACCGUAACUACUAUACAGUGAAAGCCCGACGUGAAGUUAUAGUGUCCGCUGGGGCAAUUGGAUCGCCUCAUUUGCUGAUGCUGUCCGGCAUCGGCCCGAAACGCCAUCUACAGGAAAAAGGCAUCAAAGCAAUUGUGGAUUUACCUGUAGGCUAUAACUUUCAGGAUCACACAGCUGCUGGAGCUCUCACAUUCUUAGUUAAUAACACCGGCAGUAUGAUGGUCGAGCGAAUGAUGUCACUGACAAAUUUCAUGGACUACCAGUUGCAUCACAAAGGCCCAUUUACGUCAAUCGGAGGGUGUGAGACAGUUAGUUUUUUUGACUCGGAACAUCCCAACGAUCCCGAUGGAUGGCCAGAUUAUGAAAUACUUCAGAUCGGUGGUACGAUGGCCGGAGAUCCCUCGUUCGAAUUAAACUUCAACUACAAACACGAAACAUUCCAAAAACUGUUUGGUGACAUACAAAAAACUGGUCAAAGCGGAUUUACGAUAUUUCCUUUGAUUCUCCGCCCUCGAAGCAAAGGACGAAUAUAUCUCAAAAGUGGAAAUCCAUUUAUAUAUCCAGUAAUUGAUCCAAACUAUUUUUCCGAUCCAUACGAUCUGGACAUCUCAGUCAAAGCCAUCCGGAAGGCACUGGAGAUCGUAGAACAGCCAGCAAUGCAGCGCAUCAACGCUCAUUUGUUGCCUAUACCGAUGCCAGGAUGUGAACACCUUGAGUUCAAUUCCGAUGAUUACUGGCGUUGCUUUACCAGACAUGCCACCUACACAAUCUAUCAUCAUGUGGGCACUUGUAAAAUGGGACCUCCAAAAGAUCCUUCGGCCGUUGUAGACUCGCGAUUACGUGUUUACGGCGUGAAAGGAUUGAGAGUGGUCGAUGCUAGUAUUAUGCCAAAAGUUCCGGCGGGACACACCAAUGCACCGACGGUAAUGAUUGCUGAAAAAGCAGCCGACAUGAUCAAGGAGGAUUGGAAUAUGGUUCGGUGAUACGGGACAAGAACUACACAUUAAUUUAAGCCGUUGCAUUAUCAUUUGUGAUUGUUUCUUGGACAAGACUGUGUAAAUAAAUGUAUUUAUUUGAAAUGAGAAA